AAUCCUCGGCAAUUUCCACUGCUUCAUUACUGAAUAAAAAACAAACCACGAAAAUAAUUCUCAAUCAACUGCGAUUGAUCUGUUGCUCUCAUAAUCCUGCGACAAAACCGCAGGAAAAUUAAUCAAAAUAAAAAAUAAAUUUGCAACUGCUGUUUAUCGCGAUGACAGACUGCGACGAAAUAUACGAAACAAAGGCAAAAGUGAUAAAGCACAGUUUCAAGUGGAUCAUCCACGACUUUUCCGAGAUAAUCGACAAACCGGGUAGCCUUCAGUCCAGGUUCAGCGUGCCUGGGUAUCCCCUGCGGGGGCACCUGGACCUUUUUCCUCUGAGUGCAAACGGCAGCAUCGUUUCGGGGAUUAACGACGUCGAGUGUUUGGACCUGGAUAUCCACGCACACAUCGAAGAUGACGCUGUGCACAGUGACAUCGAGGUGUCUGUCGUCAAUUCUGAGGGGGUGAAGUGCAUGACGACGAAGAAAAUUAUUACUUCACAGGUGCGUUUCACCCUACCCUUCAGCCACAAGCUGAUCGCAAAGGACAAGACACUUCUCCCCGGUAACUCUCUGACCCUCUGUUUUGCGAUAAGCGUCACCACUGAUGUCUCCACGAAUCGUCGAGAGAACCCCAGCGGCAUGUCUCCGCUGGAGAGCAGCUUCGAGGCUGACAUGGAGAAGCUGUUCAACAAUCCCAAGUUCUCCGACGUAACUAUAGCAGUUGGAGACCGUAAAUUUUCGGCGCUGAAGGCUAUUCUGGCUGCUCGCAGCUCAGUAUUCGCUUCCAUCUUCGAACAGGACGAGAACGAGGAGGAGAACAGCAUUGAGAUCACGGAUUUGACUGGAGACGUCUUCGAGGAGGUCCUCUACUUCAUCUACACCGAUCGAGUGAGGAGUCUGGAGGCCAUGAGGGACGACCUUCUCUUCGCAGGGUGGAAGUACGAUUUGAGGCGGCUGGUGCAGCUGACGGGGCACGCGUUGCUGAAGGAUCUCACUACGGAAAAUGUCGCGGAGAGACUGCUACUUGCUCAUCGGUAUCAGCUCGAGGGGGUCAAGAACUCCGUCAUCAGGUUCAUCAAGGGACAGGUCAAGGCUGUCGUGCAGACCGAGGGGUAUAGGACGCUCACCGAGGCGAAUUGCAGUUUAGCUUUGGAAAUUUUUCAGACUAUGGCACUUGAGUGAAAUUUUAGGCAACUUAAAGUCAUUCAAUUCCACGAGAUUGAUUCAAUUUAGAUAUAAGUCAGUAGAUUGAUUUUUUAUGGAAAUUAUUUUGCAUG